AUGGCUAUACCUACGUAUUCGCGUCAUGUUGUAUUACAGACAGGACGAAGCGAUUGGGCCUCUAAGAUAGAGGAUGAGGAGGCUACGUUCAUUGGACACAACAGCUCGAGCAAGAAGCCCGCCAAUCUUGCAAAGGUCCUGAAAAGCCUUCCAGGUAAAAAUAUCCUGAUCACGAAUAGCAAUUCCCCUGAGCCAGAUAGGAAGAGAAAUGGCGUAUACGUAUUCCCACAUUGCGUCUUUGUGCCGUACUUGAACAAUAUCCAGGACGCUCAUGAGUUGUUCGUCAGGCAGUUCCUGCUAGAUCCUAAAGAUAUACCCGCUGGGAAGGUCAAGCUCUACAACGAGCCCACCAAAGUGACGGUUAAGCAGAGUCUUUUCUACAAAACCAUUUCGUCAAGGCCAACACUCUUUAUCUGCAGCCAUAACACACGCGACUCACGAUGUGGCAUUCUCGGCCCGCUGCUUCUCGAGGAAUUUGAUACUUAUAUCGAGAAUAGACUGAAGACUCUGGGACGUAUGAAUCAGGGACCAGAGCCUCCAACUCGUCUGUCGAUGAUCAGGAUGCAUGCGAAGCCUCUUAUUAGAACAGCUUUGAUCAGUCACAUAGGAGGCCAUGCCUGGGCAGGCAACGUGAUCAUCUACUUUCCUAAGACAUACAGAAGAUCUGUGGAGGACAAAGGGUACCAUCCUUUGGCUGGGAAGGGAAUCUGGUAUGGCAGAGUAGAGCCUAAGCAUGUUGAAGGCAUCAUGGAGCAAACAGUUGAAGGAGGCUAUGUCAUAGAGGAGCUCCUUCGAGGAGUACAUCAUGAACCCCAUUUGGUUGUGAAUAACGGUUUACCUCCUGUGGCUAGCGAACAAUAA